AUGGCCGACGUAGACAAUGAGAUCACUGGGGCGUGUAUGAAUAACAAUGAGUUGACACCAUUUAAGGUCGUCGAUUUGAAAAGAUACCUUGCGAACCGGAAAUUGAAUGUAUCAGGUCUUAAAUGCGAAUUGAUUGAGAGGAUAAAAGGCGCAUAUAGACUUUCUAUAACUGACAAACGCGUGCUGGAGGAGAGAGAUCGGGAAGAAAGAGAGAGAAGAGCAACUGAACGCUUUAUCCUCCCAUGUGGCGAGGGUGUUCCACCGCCAUCAACACUGAAGGCAUGGAAGUCCACUAUUGAUCUGUUUCCUGCUGUAGAGGAAAACGAUAUAUACAACUACAUUGUACUGAAAGGAGACUCGAAACGUCAAUUGAAGGCGAGGACUUAUUAUGUGGACGGACAUGUACAGAAAGUUGAGGUCCAUCUCAUAAGCGAAGAGUGCAGCCACUGUUAUGUUCAAGCUUCCGUGCUGCCAUCAUUUCCAACUGCAGACAAAAGAAAGUCACCAGAGUACCAACCCUGGAUCCUUCUGUCGAAAGUGACUGGCUGCAUACACUCUGCGUUCUGCAACUGUCCAGCUGGUGAAGGGGAAUGCUGCAACCAUAUUGGGGCCCUGCUGUAUGGACUUGAAGACCUGACGCGAAGAAAACCCUUGCUCCAACAUCCAAACCCUGUGCCUGGAACAACUUUAGCAUGCUUUCUGCACCACGGAAACAUUUAUGCAGAAACUAGUUGGUUCGAAGUUGAAUGUAGGCUGUUAAAAAACUUUGAAAUUGAAACAACUGAAAAUGAACCAGAUCUCCCUGUGUUACAUUCUGUGCCAUUCAACUACCAUGAUAGUGUAAACUUGAGGGACAGUUCUAGUAAGGCAGUGUUUUUGGAUCAUUUUGACUCUUUGAAGCAAAGCGCUGAAGAAAUUCAAUUAACUGAAAUCUUAACAAGGGGCCAAAAAAGUGGGAAAUGGCAAGAGGCCAGAAAAGAACGCCUAACAGCUUCUUACUUUGGCAGCAUCUGUCGUAGGAAAGAAUCAACUGAACCUGACGGACUCCUGCGGCAGAUGUAUUCAAAUUUCACAAGCAAGUACACAGAAUAUGGAAUUAAACAUGAGAAGGCUGCAAAGAGAAUGUAUGCGAAAGCAAUACAAACUGACCACAAAGGACUAGCAGUUAAAGACAAUGGUCUUGUUGUAUGUGCCGACAGACCCUACCUUGGUGCCAGUCCAGAUGGGCUUGUGUUCUGUUCACAUUGUACAGAAAGUGUGGGUCUGGUUGAGAUUAAGUGUCCUGCCUCUAAAAAAUGGCGAAUGCAAACGCCUGAGGAAUGCUGUGAAGACAAUGAUUUUUUUGUCAGUUAG